AUGAAAAACUAAUCUUAAAUGUGUAAUGAGGAGAAAAUUCAUGCAGGAUGGCUAAUAAAUUAAUAACAUCAAUAUCAUAGUCUUCUUAUUGCUUCAUUUAAAUAGUAAUUAUAAGAGGAUUCAUAAAUUAUAUAAGAAUCUAUUGCAGAAAAUUUGACAAAUGAUCUUUGUUUGAAUAGUGAAUAAUGCAAAUAAGAAUUAAAAAUGUAUAAGAUAAGUAGAGUUAUUGGAAGUAGUUUAGAGAGAUAAGUUAAAUUUGAUAAGCAUAUACUUUUUUAAAUGAAAGAUCAUAAACCUGUAAAAUAAUUUCCAAUUUAUAAAUCAAUACAAGUGGAAAACAAAGUAAAUCAUUAAAAUACUUGGCAUGAUAAAUAAGGAGACAUGGCUAGAUUAUCAAUUGAAUUUGAAAAAGAUCAUACAAGAGUUUUUAUAUAUAUGAAAGAUUAAAAUCAAGCACUUAAAUGGUAGAGAUAUUUGAUAAUUGAAAAACUUCUAUAAUUAAAAUCAAAAUAGUUAGCUAAAUGUUUUGGAUAUUGUUAUCAAGAAUAUGAAGAUAAAUUUACUUUCAUAUGGGCAUUAAAAUUUGCAUAAUAAUUAGAGUAAUAUGCUAUAGAAAUGAAUAAGUUAAAAAAAAAGAAAGCAUAAGUAGAUGCAAAUUAUUUUAUCUAAUAAGAAAGAAUAUUGAUGGGUUCUCUUAUUAAAAUUUGGUAGAAAAAAAGCCAAAAAUUAUUAAAAGAUGAAUAGGAUUAAUAAGAUUAAUAAUAAUAAUUGUCAUUAUAAAAAUAAUAGUAAUUACAAUAAAAUAAAGAUCUAAUAGAAUAGGAGAGAUUAAGAAAAGAGAAAUUGAGAAUUCAAAUGUUAGGAAAUUUAAUUGAAAAUCAUAUUCAACCAAAGAAUUUAGUAAUAUAAAAAUUCUUGAUUGGUUGGUAAUAAAGAUCUCAUUUUAUUUAUCAUACAAAUCCUAAGAAAUUCUCUAUUAAAAUAAUUAGGAUGUAUAUUCAAAAUAAUAUAUAAUUAAUAAGACCAUUAUUAGAAUUAAGAUUCAUAUCUGAAGUAUAUUUCUAAAUUCAUUUUAGAGACCAGAAGAAACUAAGGAUAUAGAAUGUAUUAAAAUAUUAGAUGGAUUACAAUAUAAUAUUAAAUAAAGUCCAUAUUUUACUUGUCGUUUACUUGCAUAAAUGAAUCAAUAAAGGAGAAGAGAUUAUACUGCUUGGGGUUUUAAAGAUGGAUUACUUGGAUUAUAAGGAAGGACUUACAUGUAAAUUGAGAAUUUGGGUUUUAAGGAUUAUAUCGAUUUUUAAGUUAUUGAUACAAUCAGUAAAUUAAAUUAAAUAUUAAAGGAACCAAUACUUCAUCAAAAGUCUUGAGAAUUUAAUUUUAAGAUCUGAUUAAAUAUUUAUAUGAAGGUCGCUCAUUUUGGAUUGCUCUUGAAUAUGAUAAAUCUAAGAUUUUUAUAGAAAUGGAUUUACUUGAACAUUCCAAUAUAGAUCCAAUAUUUCUAGAUAGAUUAAAAUAUAUUUAAUUGAAUGCUGUUUUAAGAAAAGUUAGCAUAAAAAUGAUUGAAUAAAGAACUCCUGUACAAUUAAUUUAAAUACGUUUAGCUACCUAUUAUAGAAACAGUAAAAUUUGGAUUAGAAAUUGAAAGAUAUUCAGAUGACAUAUAAAAUUUAUAUUAGAGAUUAUACAUAGAAAAUAUAUGUCUAUAACCAUAAUGUUAACCAGCAAAUUGGUUUACAUAAUUAAAUUGUUUGGAAAAAGUAGUUAAGCCUGUUACUGAAAUACUAAAAAGAAAUUACUUAGAAUUUACUGAUGUUACAGAUAAUGUUUAAAUCUAUUAUUAAAUAAAAUCUAUUCCUAAUUUAAGAUUACCUUUAUUAAAAGAUGUAGAUGACUUUAUGAAUAAAUUACCUUUAGUUUAAUAAAAUCAACAUAAAUAAUGUAAAGGAGUUUUAACUUCUUUUUUAAUUUAUUGUAAUGUAAGAACCAUUUAGUUGAAUGUCUCCUUUUUGACUAUACUAUUUUAAAUUGCAAAUAAAUUCAUAUGUAUCACACAUCCACAUUUUUUAUAUGAUCUAAGUAAACCUGUCUUUGGUAAUAAAUAUGAUUCAGAAGCAUAGGCAUUCUGGCUUUUUACUGGAUUUGUUGAAUUAAUGAGAAGUGUUCAUUUUCCUUUAGUUAAGGAAGACACUCUCUUUUGUCCAUAAGAAAUUGUAAUGUAAUAUAUGGAAGUUUUGCAUAAAGAAAUUGUUUAACAUUGUAAAAAUUAUGAUAUUGCAGUUGAAAAUGUUUUUUUUGAAAUACUUUCAUCCUUUUAUACUAGUUUAGUAUAAUCUAUGCCCUUAUGUAAUAUUUGGAAUCUAAUUAUUAAUAAGAUAUCUGCAAAUAAAUGUGCAUAUUAAUUAGUAUUAAUUGUUUUCAUAGAAGAGUUAAGUUAUAAAUUAUUAUUCUGCUAGAAUUCUGAAGACUUUAAAAAUGCAAUCUCAUUAUAAGGUAAUCUAUUAAAUUAAAUAAAUAGCCUAACUUAUGGAUAUACAAUAACUAGAGGCUGCCUAUUAAGGUUGUGAAUCGAAUUUGAAUAGAAUCAUAAAUGCUGAAUAAUCAUUUCAUGAAUCUGUAGAACAUUCAAAUAUUCAUUAACCUUUAGUUUAGGAUUGUUGA